CGGGCAAAUGGUUCCCAUCCAGCGGGGUCGCGUUUCUGUGUGACACAGGAAGCAGCCCGGGAGUAAUUUACUGCGACACCAAACCCGCUUCCUUUCUCUUUUCCCACAGCCACAGGAGGAAAAUGACGAAGGGAACAUCAUCCUUUGGUAAGCGUCGCAACAAGACGCACACCCUGUGCCGUCGGUGUGGAUCCAAGGCCUACCACCUGCAGAAGUCCAGCUGCGGGAAGUGUGGCUACCCCGAGAAGCGCAAGAGAAAGUACAACUGGAGCGCUAAGGCCAAGAGGAGGAACACCACUGGCACUGGCCGUCUGAGACACCUGAGGGUCGUCUACCGCAGAUUCAGGAAUGGGUUCAGAGAGGGCACUACCCCUAAACCCAGACGUGCAGCAGUGGCCGCUUCCAGCUCAUCUUAAAAGACACAAUUUUGGUUAAAUAAAUGUGUUGUUAAACUGAA